AUGAACACCAUUAAAGAUACAAAAUCUCAACCGAAAAUGAUCAAACAAAAUGCAAUGGUUCGUCGUUCAUGUUUAAAACAUCAAACCAAUCGACGAACAGAGAAUUGCGAAACAGGUCGAUCAUCUAUCGGGACCGGCCGUGUUUCUUUUGCUAAUGGAACGACAGCUGAUUCGAAAAUGCCUCUAACAUCUCAAUCGCCUAAAGAUCUACUCGAGAAGAAAUCUCGUUCGGAUAUGUUUGCAAAGAAAGCUAAAGAACUUCGAUUAGCUGAAUUAAAUUAUUUUAAAGAUCACGCUCAAGAUAAAGAAUCGAAUGAUGAAUAA